AUGAGCGGAGCGUUAUAUGGCAUAGAUAUCGACGACCUAGAAAAGACGAUGGAAGAGAAGAAGAGAGGAGGGACAAUGAUUGGGAACCAACGAAUACAUGUCACGAAAUAUGCGGAUGAUGUGGCGCUAGUUGCGGACACAGAAGAGGAGCUAAGAGGGAUGCUGAAAGAGCUGGAAAGAUACACAGAAGAGAAUAAGAUGGAGGUGAACGUGGAAAAAACAAAAAUUCUAAUAUGCAGAAAUGGAGGUAGAAAAAAGAAGGGAAAGAAAUGGAUGUAUAAAGGAAGUGAGGUUGAAGAAGUCAAAGAAUUUAAAUAUCUUGGGUACCAUUUCACCACAAGGAAUAGCGCAAAGAAACAAAAAAAGGAACUAGCACAAAAAGCACAAAAGGCCACAAAUGCAGUAUGGGGAGUGAUAAAAAGGAGCAAAAGGAACAGCAUGAGGGACAGGAUGUAUCUGAUAAACACUGUGGCAAGAACAGUAGCUUUGUACGGAGUGGAGGUCUGGGGGUAG